AUGUCCGUCCUUGUCCAUUCUCUGCUGGCUUUGGCCGCGCUAAUCUCAGUCGUCCGUGCGUCCUAUGGGCACCAUUUCCUACGGGGAUACAUCUCACCAGAUCCACCCGGGAAUUGGACGUACGAAGGAUGUUACACUGACGACGUCGCAGCCCGGACGCUCACAGGGCCUUCCUCGACUUCGGACAACAUGACAAUUGUCAACUGCAUCGAUUUUUGCGUCGGACAGUCCUUCGUAUAUGCAGGCUUGGAAUAUGCGUCGCAGUGUUACUGCGGAAACGGCAUAGACAAUGGCGGUACCUUGGCCAACGAAACCGAUUGUGACAUGGCCUGCACGGGUAAUUCGAGCGAGAUAUGCGGUGCCGGAGAUCGCCUUAGCCUAUUCUGGAGCGGAGCAUCACCUCCCGCAGGGCCUGUCGCCGUUCCAAGCGUGGGGUUGUGGGACUCCCUCGGAUGUUACAACGACUCGGUCAACGCUCGCUCGCUCGCUGUCUCUCCCGCUGUCGAUGGGAAUGUUGACGCUGAAUCGUGCACAUCGGCGUGCUACAAUGCCGGAUAUCCCUUAGCGGGAAUGGAAUAUUCCACGCAGUGCUAUUGCGGCUUGGUGCUGGAUAACGGCGCUGUGCCGAUCGCGACUAGUGCAUGCGACAUGGCGUGUGCUGGAAACAGCUCAGAAACGUGUGGGGGGCCCAAUGCGCUGAACAUAUAUAACUACACGGGCACACUCCCUACUAGCCCUACUGGCGGCGGUGGUGGCGGCGGAGGAGGCGGAGGCGGAGGAACAUCAUCCCCAGUCUAUCCCGUAACAUCCGGGCUCCCCUCGCCCUGGGAAUACGCUGCAUGCUAUGUCGAUAAUGCAUAUGGACGUGUCAUGACGGACGAACUCCCGGAUAAUUCAAAUGUCACCGUCGAGUCUUGCAUUGCAAGCUGCGCAUCAGAAAACUAUACGCUAGCAGGGAUAGAGUAUAGCGUUCAAUGUUUCUGUGCGGAUGCCCUUGUGAACGGGGCAGUCACUACUGACGAUAGUGCUUGUGAUAUGGCGUGUGGUGGUAACGCAACCGAAGCGUGUGGUGGUCCCAAUUUGCUAUCGGUAUACACAUCCACCGGGAAUGUGACAGUGUAUCCUGUCCCUGUUCCACUCAACACAAGUCUCCCGAGCUUGUGGCAAUACGAAGGCUGCUUGCAGGAACCGGGCGCGAAUAGAACCUUCCCUUACCAGAAUAUAUGGACCAACAAUAAUACCGUAGAAGCAUGCUUGAACCAAUGCGCCUUCUACGGCUAUCCCGCUGCUGGUCUCGAAUACGGAGAUGAAUGUUGGUGUGGGGACGUCGAGGAUGUGAUUGAGUACAGCCCUGGCUUUGCCUCGGAUCCAUCGCAGUGUUCUAUGCCGUGCUCUGGAGAUCCCGACCAUCUGUGUGGAGGACCCGAGAGGUUGCAGCUAUACUAUUAUAACGGCAAUCUGAGCGUCUGGCACACGCCCGUAAAUACCGGGCGAUACGAGUUCUUGAUCGGUGGCGUGGUAGUCCCGCUCGUGGCCACCGUCGGUAUCAACGGCAAGGUGUCUUUCGUGGAAAAGUAUGGAACGAGCGAAUUCGACAACUCGACAGGCGCAUACGAGCUCGACCUCAGUCUUGUCGAUAAUUUUGAACUGGCUUGGCGUACUAUGCACGUGAAAACGGACGUCUUCUGCUCUGCAUCACUUGUGCUCCCUGAUCGGGGAGCCAGGCAGCUGAACGUGGGUGGGUGGAGUGUGGAGAGUACCUACGGGAUUCGGCUGUAUACGCCUGAUGGCAGUCCGGGCGUGAACGGAACGAAUGACUGGGAAGAAAAUCCGGCCGAGUUGGAACUUCAGAGAUCACGUUGGUAUCCGUCCGCACUCGUCCUAUCAAACGGGAGCGUGCUGGUCGUUGGCGGUGAACAUGGAAGCAACGGUGCGCCAGAGCCGAGCUUGGAGAUUUUGCCUACCCCUGUGGGAGGCCCGACCUGGAUAUUCUUGGACUAUUUGAAUCGCACUGAUCCCAACAACUUAUACCCAUACCUUAUGAUGCUUCCGAGCGGGAAUAUAUUCAUUGGUUAUUAUAACGAGGCGCGGAUUUUGGAUCCAGUGACAUUUGAGACCCUCACGGUGCUUCCUAAUAUCCCUGGAUCAGUGACAAGUUUCCUGGCUGGAAGGACGUAUCCGAUGGAGGCAACAGCUGUCUUAUUCCCACAGUACCCUCCCUACACGGAUCCGGUUACCGUACUCAUAUGUGGUGGUUCCAACUUCGGCAUCGCGCUCGACAACUGUGUCAGCAUACAGCCAGAGGUAGAGAACCCACAGUGGACGCUCGAGCGGAUGCCAUCUAAGCGAGUUAUGACAUGCAUAUCACGUACGCGGCCUUCGCUUCCUGAUGGCACUUUCCUCGUUAUCAACGGCGCACAGGCUGGUGUUGCUGGGUUUGGACUUGGCUCUGACCCCAACUACCAAGCGCUGCUCUACGACCCAAGCCUGCCCGUGAACGAGAGAAUCUCAUUCCUGAAUACCACGAUCGUGGCGCGCAUGUACCACUCGGAGUCAACACUCCUUCCUGAUGGUCGGGUGUUGAUUUCUGGUAGCGACCCGCAGACACCAGGACUCCCGGAGGAGAUGAGGAUCGAGGUGUAUAUUCCGCCUUACCUGUCGGACGGACGCAAGCAGCCCAACUUCACCGUUGAGGAGAACGACUGGGACUACGGCGGUACGUACACGAUUACAGUCGAGCUAUACGAAGGCACAACAGACACGAUGCGAGUGUCGCUGCUGGCCGCGACUUCGAGCACCCACGGCAACAACAUGGGCUCUAGGACGAUCUUCCCCGAAUUCUCCUGCACAGGCAAUACGUGUGUAGUGACUGCACCUCCCAACGUCUACGUCUCGCCUCCCAGCUGGCACCAAAUGUUCAUCCUGGAUGGGCCGACUCCGUCUCACUCUCAAUGGGUCCGCAUUGGUGGAGACCCUGGAGCGCUCGGGAAUUGGCCUGACUUCCCUGAUUUCACUCUCCCGGGUGUAGGACCUUUGUAA